AUGAAUCGCACUGCAAGCCAGUGUAAAUACCGCUUCGCCGUCAUUUCCGCCCAGUGCUCGUAUUUUUCUGCUUGCUGUGGGAAAGUCUUGGCCGACGAAAGAAGUGGAGAGAAUCUCGAUGACAAGUGGCAACCGCGCGUUCCCUCACGCAAGGAUGAAGCUCUUGAUUCAAGAACUUUUCCUGAACGACCAAUUGGCAAGAAGCAAGCCAAGGCCGCUGCCAAGGGUAAGAAGCGAGCUUCGGAGGAUGACGACCGUGCCUUGGAGCCUUCAUAUAAGCAACAAGAACACGAUGAAAAGCGCAUGAAGUUGCAAGAGAGGGCCUUUAAGCUGCAAGAGGUGAACGCCAACACCCAGCGAAUUAAGGCAGAAUUCGAGAUCAUGAAGGAGGAUGCGGAUACCAUGCAAGGUAUCCGAGCUGAAUAUUUGAGGGGUAUGCAGCAAGACAUCGUGGAAAGAUGGCGCAAGGAGUGGCGCGAGCGCGAGCAAGAAGCGUCGACAGGCGUAGAAAGAGACGCGGUGGAAGAGACAGAGGGAGAGGGAGAGGGAGAAGAGGAACAGCAGCAGCAAUAG